UCCUGUCAAUUCAGCGUGGUGAUUGCACGUUUUGCGAUUUCGUUUGUAAUAUUUAAUAAAACAAAAUUAAAUAUUUACUGAAUUUAUAUAUAUAUAUUAGUUCUGCACAAUGGCUAAAAAAGGAAAACCUAAAAUAAGUAAAGUGAAACGAAAUAACCAAACAACAAAUAAAAUGAAAAAGCAAGGUAAACUGAAACUGCAAAGGCAUAGGACAAAAGUACAAAAACAAAAACAACCAUCCCAGCCUCAAGUGGAAUAUAGUAGCGAAAGCGAUUCUGCGUCUGGAGAUGAAUGGGCUGAUAUGCUGGACGAUGACGAACAGAAAUAUAUUAUGACCCGUCUGGCUAAACAACCACAAUUGCUUUCCAAUAUCCCUGAGGAAGAGCAAGCAAGUAAAGCCAGGUCAAGAAAACGUAAAAAGGUUGAUAAGGGUAAAGUUCCAAAACACCGCUUGAGUAAUGAUAGUGGAGCAGAGAGUGAAAUAGACCUAUCUGAUGAUGAACUUGAGGAAAACUAUGAAAAAGAAAUGGCUGAAAGGCCAGCCAAGAAAAUGAAACCUCUACUUCCAAUCAAAACUAAAGAUGGCGUUCAGGAGAGAAUGGCAGAAUGUGAAGAAAGUGAUUCAGAAAAAGAAGAUCAAAAAGAAACAGAUAAGAGAGAUUCUAAAGAAGAGGAUGGAACACAAGACACAGAUUCUGACUCUGGAAUGGAAGGCACUGAGGAAGAAAAUGAAGCACAGAACGGUGAAAUCAUUAGCACUGUCCAGCUAUUAGCUGCCAGGCGAGAUCAGCUCAAUCGUGAUAAACUACGAAUUGGUGCCCUAUGCUCUUCACUGCUUGAAAGUCCUGAGAAAAAGUUGAAGAACUUCUUCCCUAUUCUAUAUCUGAUGGAAGAACGGCUCAAGGAUGGAGCCUUGAACUUGCAUUCGGUCCGGAAGUUGGCAACACUUUCUGCCUAUGAAGUAUUCAAGGAUAUCUUGCCAGAUUACUUUAUACGUCAUCAAGACUAUUCCAAUGUGAAAUUGAAGAAAGAUACUUUAUCCUUAUACAAAUAUGAGAAGGAGUUAAUGGAGUUCUACAAGAGGUAUUUACAGCGGCUUGAGAAAUCUGCUAUGGUGCUACGCCGUAAGAAAGGCGAUAACAGGAAACCGGAUGAGGCAUCGGUGAAUCUGGCGCUAGUAUCACUGUCCUGCAUGUCAGGGUUGCUAGUAGCGAGGCCACACUUCAACUAUGCCACAAAUAUAGCACAGAGUGUUGUACCAUUCUUGGACUGUAAAGACUCGCGAGCGAGGGAUUUAGUCACUGAUGCCUGUAAGAGUGUCUUCAACGAUGAUCGGAGAGGAGACAUUACUCUCACUAUAGUCCGUCUCAUAAAUCAGUUAGUGAAGCGUCGUGGUGAGAGACUUCAGCCGAGUGCACUCGACUGUCUACUGUCGUUACGUAUACGAGACAUAGAUCUGGAUGCGGAACAUAAUGUACAACACAAGAAGAACCAGGAGGAGAAACACAAGAAACGUAUCAUUAACUUGUCUAAAAAGGAGAAAAAGCGGGCCAAAAAGCUGAAGGAGGUUGAACGUGAACUGCUGGAAACUGAGGCGCAGGAGAAUGAGGUGUCGCGCAGGAAACAACUGGCGGAGGUGUGCAGGACCGUGUUCCACAUAUACUUCAGACUGCUGAAGGCCGCGCCCACUACUGGACUACUAGCCGCCGCGCUCAAGGGACUCACCAAGUUCGCGCACGUGAUCAAUAUGGAGUACUACUCGGACCUGGUGUCGAUAAUGUCCGCUCUGAUCCAACACGACCGCGUGAGCGCGCACGAGCGCGUGAUGUGCGCGCGCGCCGUGCUCGCCAUCCUGGCGGGCGCGGGGGACGCGCUCAACAUCGACCCCGCGCGCUUCCACCACCAACUGUACUGCGCCGCGCUCACGCUGCAUGCAGGGACAACAUCUGAAGAUGCUAAGUUAAUAUUAGAGAGUAUAACCCAUAUAUGCACGCGUGCCCGCCGCGUGUCUGCUGAAGUACUACAGGCGUUAGCCAAACGUCUGCUCACAGUCGCUGCCAACUCGCAACAUAACGCCACUCUAGCCUGCCUCUCGAUACUGCAUCACUUGGCACAGCAAAGUAAACCGGUGUCUCGUCUCCUGGAGCCGGUAGUGGACUCUUGUGGGAUCAAGUUCGAUCCUCUAGUGGAGAGCCCGGAGCACGCGGGCGCGGCCGCCGCCGUCGCGUAUGACGUACGACCACUCACCAGACAUUACCAUCCUACAGUCAGGGACGCUGCUAGAGAUAUCUUCAAAGGAACACUCAUACCGGACUUGCAUAAGACAUCACCGAUACAAAUAUUGGAGAAUUACGACGGGUCUCAGAUGGCAUUCAAACCUGCGAUCCCUCCGCCCAAAGCUGUAACAGCUCGCCAGACGUCCACAUCGCACCACUCUCAUCACUGGAUGCAGCCCGCCUUCAAAGACACGUGUCAAUCUAUAGAAAAUGGUGUGGACUUGGUCUUUAAUCAUAAUGCCAGAUGAUAAUAAAUGCUGUUAAUGUUU